UCCUCUGGGCGUCGGGACUCCCUUCGUCUUACCGGCCCCGCCCAGGCGGCUGCCCGUGACCUGCCUGGGCGCAGGGAACGGCAAGCCAGAAGGGGCAACACGAGUUCAGUUCGCCAUGGGGCUGUUUGGAAAAACGCAGGAGAAGCCGCCCAAAGAGCUGGUCAAUGAAUGGUCAUUGAAGAUAAGAAAGGAAAUGAGAGUUGUUGACAGGCAAAUAAGAGAUAUCCAAAGAGAAGAAGAAAAAGUGAAACGUUCUGUGAGAGAUGCUGCCAAGAAGGGUCAGAAGGAUGUCUGCGUGGUUCUGGCCAAGGAGCUGAUCCGGUCAAGGAAGGCUGUGAGCAAGCUCUAUGCCUCCAAAGCCCACAUGAACUCCGUGCUCAUGGGGAUGAAGAACCAGCUGGCGGUUUUGCGAGUGGCUGGUUCCCUGCAGAAGAGCACAGAAGUGAUGAAGGCCAUGCAGAGUCUUGUGAAGAUCCCAGAAAUCCAGGCCACCAUGCGAGAGCUAUCCAAAGAGAUGAUGAAGGCUGGGAUCAUAGAGGAGAUGUUAGAGGACACUUUUGAAAGCAUGGACGAUCAGGAAGAAAUGGAAGAAGCAGCAGAAAUGGAAAUUGACAAAAUUCUCUUCGAAAUUACAGCAGGGGCCUUGGGCAAAGCACCUAGUAAAGUGACUGAUGCCCUUCCAGAGCCUGAACCUCCAGGAGCAAUGGCGGCCACAGACGAGGAAGAGGAGGAGGAGGAGGAGGAGGCCCUGGAGGCCAUGCAGUCCCGGCUGGCCACGCUCCGCAGCUAGGGGCCACCCAGCUGGGCGCCCAGGCUCUUCUCCUGGCCCACCCACCUGGUGUGCGCACACUCCUCUGAAGCAGCCGCUGUUUUAUGUCUCUUGCACUACACCUCUGAAUGAGGCCUUGCGUUUGGGAGAAGGUCCUCUGCUAAUCUCUUUUCACUCUCUGCAGAGGUUUUGGGAUCUCAACGGGAUUGUUCUUGAGAGGUGGUGUAAUAAAUGCAUCAUUUUCAGGAGUAUAAACAGAAGCAUCUUUCUGGAGGGACAGCAAAGAAAUCUAUCUUCUUGCGAAACACUUCUGAGAAUAGAGUUGAUUGCCUGAAUGUUAAGGACUCUGUACAUUUUUUGGUCUGUAAAACACUAUAUAAAUGAAUUUUAAUAAACUUCUGCUUUAACAUUUGG